AUGACCGCUACUCUGUCAGUUAUCUCACUUGUAGUAUGUUUAAGAGAAUCCUCUCACACAGCAUUUGGGGACGCUAUCUAUCUUGAGAAAGUUUCCAAUGAAAAUCCUGUUUUUGGAUUCAAACAGUUUUCAAACGCGCUGCACGAUUAUAAUGAGGCGUUUAAAGAAGGGGACUUAGUCCAUUUUGGUGGAAAGUUCACUAUUGAUGACAAUAAAUUAAUGCUCUUAGUUGAAGCGGCAUGUGUGCUAGAAUCUCAAUUAGGACGUAAUGGAGAACGUUUGAAAUGGGAACCUGAAAAAAUUCCAUCAACAAAGCCGUUCGUUCAUAUCACUACUUCUGCUUGUGAACCAUUGUCAACAUCAAAUAAUAUGAAUUUUGUUAAAACCAAAUCGUUGAUUUAUUCACCAUUUCAUUCUGCUGCACGUUACAUUAAUUUUGAGAUUGGAUAUUCAAGUGAAUCAAAAUGGCUUGAAUAUCUUUCUGAUAAAUGGAAUGCAAAGUUGAUCGAUUAUGAUGUUCGAUUUCGUACUUCAACUUCAAGUAACAAUUACCAACCCUCACCACAAAGAUCAACCACCAAUUCAUUUGCUCAAAGGAGGAAUAAAUCAACUCCUAAUUUACCAGUAAAAACACAUAUUACCCCAAAAUCGGAUUCAAAUACCACAGAAAUAGAAAAUGCAUAUGAAUAAGAAAGUGAUAAUGAUUCAGACAAAGAAGAUACAGUAGGAACAAAUCAAUCUUCUAUAGACCUGGUUAUGAUAGAUGAUAAUACGCCUAUUA